AUGGAGGCCUUUCGAGGAACUCUCUCUGCCUUUUGCCAAGAAAAGCUGGGCAUGUCAUUGGACUUCUCCAGCAUGGUGGAGCUAGAAUCAUCCACUGAGAAGAAGUUCUCACGACAUGUGAUUGUACAGCGGCUUCUACGACGAGAUGCUCAGCAGCUCAACUUGGCGUUUGCAAACAAUGCCCAGGCUGGCUUACUUGUUGAUACUCUUGUACGCUAUGCUGAAGCGCAUCGCGAAGAAGAGUGCAUCGCACAACACCUCUUCGUUCAAGCGCCCAGUCGCGGGGACGAAGAAAGCCGCUGCACAUGUGUGAUCGACGAAUCGGUCUACAGCCGGAACCGAUCCUUUCGUCUUCUCUUCCAGUCCAAAUUUGGCAAAGAUCGCAGGUUGGACCUGGACCCGAAGAUGGAACAUGUGUUUUUUGGUGGAAAGCCACAUCCCUGCGUUGCCUUGCUACGGACCAUGGCCUCCUUCGUUCCCGAUGGUACUGAGCUUUUCCAACACGAGAUUAUUCCAAAGGAGUAUUCGCACAGGCAACUGAAAGCAUCUCGGAUGUCACGUGGUGGCUCUGUCUUGAUCCGCAAAGAGAAUGGCACCAUGGUCACAGCACACUGCGACCCCUUGGUUCAUCAUUUGCUCCGUGCUUGGGAUGAGGUUCGCCAGUUGAAUGAAAAGGACUUCCGGGAACCGGCUGCGGCCACAGUAGUUCAAUCAGUUGUGGAGAUGGACAACCGCUACAUCACAGUGACCUUGGGCAACAAUCACUACUGCUUCUGCAAGGGAUCCUCUCAUUUGAGAAAUCAUGUUUACCUGGUGGUUGAUGUGCUGCAAGCAUCAUUCCAUCAGUCCGCAGAUGUGAACGCAUCUCGUUGGCCUCCUGAGCAGCUGUAUUGGGAUGGCCAGUGCAGCGCCUGCCCGGCCAAGCUUUACCAGGGAGACCACUGCAUGGAGGGCGGCGUGCUGGUGGGCGAACGCGCUUGCAAUGGUGCACUUUGUGAGGGUCAAUGCACUAAGCCAGUCCUCUCUGGAGCACCUGAGCCCAGCUUCUACUGGGAUGGUGAAUGCACUGCGUGCCCAUCCAAGCUCUACAAGAACAGCCACUGUUCUCGCGGCGGAGUGAUCGUCGAUCAGCGUCCCUGUGGUCCUGCCAACGCCCACUGCGAGGCGAAGUGUCGGCUUCCGCAAUCCUCGCCUUCGCCAGAACCAGAGCUCUAUUGGGAUGGGCAGUGUAAGGCGUGUCCAGCGCACUUGUACAGUCACUGCUCAGCUGGUGGAAGCCUGGUGGGUGAACGUGGAUGUGGUUUUGCCAACAUCUUUUGCGAGGGCCACUGUGAGCGCCCAGCGGCCGCCCCACGUCCUGCGGAUUGGAUCAUCGUGGGGGGCGGUGCCUCCGGGUGCAGCGCCGCCGCAGCGCUGGCAGACGCUGGGGAGGAGGUGCUGGUCCUGGAGCGCGGACAAUCUGAUCUGGACAUCCCAAAGACGGAGUACGCAAAUACCUGGCCUCAAGUCGUGAACACCGACGCAGCGCAGCUCAUCCGCUGGAAAGACCAGACCUGGGGUGCUGUGGCCAACGUCUUAGGCGGCGGAACCUCCAUCAACGGAGGGCUCUACAUUGAAGAGGAUCCGGAUUACUUCCAGAAAAACUUCGAUGAGACCUUCAAUCUCACGGAUUUCUACGCCUCUUCCAAGUGGGUGGCCGAGCAGCUCAGCGUCCCCUUGCGUGGCUCCAACUUCGGUCAUCGCUACGCCAAGGCCCUUUACCAGGCCGGCGAAGGAAGUCCAGAUCCACAGCCCAGCGUGAGGAUGAUCAAAGACAGUUCUUGGGUGGCUUCUGCGACCUUCAACACCUCGAAAGAGACGUGGAUCCGCCGUGGGGCGGCCGCGCUGCUCCAUGAGCGAUCCUCUCUCAAGAACCUGAGAUUCUUCACUGGCUAUCAGGUCAAGAGGAUCAAUUUUGAAGGAAGCCGCGCCACCAGUGUCUUAGCAGAGAACAACUUCAACGAAUGGGUCACCAUUGAAGCUCGCAAGGGUGUGAUCCUAGCUGGUGGUGCUGUCUUCACUCCUCAAAUUCUGCAAGUCUCUGGCAUCGGCGACCCCAGCCUCCUGAGCCAGCUGGGCGUGGCAGAAGUGGUGCCCAACGCUGACGUCGGCAGGAACUUCGUGGACCGUGCGAUCCUGAACUUUGGUGUUUGGGCGUCUCAGCACAAGCCGCUCUAUGUGGGAUAUGCCAUGUCUUCCAACACCACCUCGAACAUCACCAUCGAAGCGGAAGGCUGGGGCAAAGUGGCUAGCUCCUUUGCCAUUCCCUCUCUGGGCAUGGUGCCCCCUGACCAGCGCACGGAAGCCUUGCGGGGGCUGAUGAAGCCACUCUUGACCGGGCCUUUAGCGAACAUCAUGAACAACAUGAUUCAAAUCGUGGGUCUCAACCACCACACCUACUCCCGGGGCAGUGUCACGGCGGUUUCUUCGGACACCAAAGACGCGCCCGAUGUCACGGCGAACUACUUCCAGGACCCACGAGACAUGGAGCAACAGUUCGUGGCCAUGGACACCCUAAAGAAGGUGGCCUACUCUGAAGCCUUGCAAGACCUGGUGAAUGCCAAGACCUUUCAUGGGAGCAAUGCUGUGCUUCCCGUCUACCUCAGCUGCCUGGGAAAGCCACAAACUGAUGCAAAAGCCAUCAUCAUCCCGUGCCUUCCGAAUGAAGGAGCGUCUCGAAAGGACUUCGAAGAUCACUUCAAGAACACGGUGGUCUCGUCCUAUCACUACUUUGGCAGUGCAGCCUUUGGGAAAGUGGUUGAAGGUCAUGAUAUGAAGGUGAAGGGGAUCGAGAAUCUCCAUGUGGCUGAUGCCUCAAUCUUUCCGAAUCCCACGCGUAUCAAUCCGCAAGGGACCAUCAUGGCCAUGGGCCACUAUCUGGGCACACGCUUGGCCAAGUCCAGGCGUGGUUUGGGAGGCAAGCUGGGGCAGAAGUUGCGAGAAGCACUGCAGUUGGACCCCGAAAGUCCCACCGCAGAACUGCAGAAGGUUCCCUUCGCCGAGCUCCAGCGGAUUGUGGGAGACCAGUCCGCCUCUAUGGUGCAUCGCCUCUGCCGGGGCGAGGAUCGAGAGGAGGUGAAGCCGGGCGAGAUGAAGAGGAAACAGUACCUCAGCUUCAAGUCCCUGUCGCCAGCAGCCGAGAGUGUGUCGGACCUGGAGCCUUGGUUAGCCAGCUUGGCCGCUGAGCUGGUGGGACGCCUGCGGGAGGAUCCGCGUCGCCCACGAAGCUUGGUCCUCUACCACCGGGGACGCUUAGAUGCGGACCAUGGCAGAAACUGGAUGGCCGGCCGCACCUCCGAGCUCACCAAGACCAUCAGCCGCUCCGUGGCUUUUCCAGAUCUUCACCUCUCGACAGGCUCGACAGGGGAGAUGGGUGCCAAUGCUGCCAGCAUCAUUGCAGAUACGGCCAAGAAACUGCUCUUGGAACGGGUGAGCUCUCCCUUCCCCUGCUCCCGGCUGGCGCUGGGUGCCUCCGACUUCCGGAAGGUGGAAGGGUCCAUCGCCUCUUUCUUUGCCAAAGCGAAAGUGGAUGGAGCUGAAGAAGUUUCGGGAGUCGAGGAUGAUGUUCUGCCAACACAAGCUGAGACGCAAAGUGACGCGUCCGAUGGCGGUUCGGAGCGUGCGCCGGAAGCCACUUCGGUGGAAGCCACUUCGGUGGGGCCCAAGGACAGGCAGCCCGCCAACGUGGCGGAGUUUCACAAAGCAAGCCGCCUACAUUUCUUGGGGACCUGGCGCGAGCGCUUCGAACGUUGGCGUGCUGAAGGCGGCGCAGGUCCACGUUCCUCGCACGACGUCACCGAGUCACUGCGCCGGGACUUGGCGACGUUGCAGAAGGAACCGCUGGCACUCUGGGCGCACUUGGACAUGGACUGCUUCUUUGCUUCCGUGGCCACCCGCGACAUGGACGCUCCAGGCGAAGAGGUGCCGACCGCCGUGGUCUCGGGCCUCGGGCCGAGCUCGGAGAUUUGCUCGGCGAACUAUGCCGCACGCCGAGCCGGAGUCAAUACACAUCUCUGGUUUGUGGAGCGCGCCACGUCGAUCCUCCCCUCGCUACGAUUGGUGCCCAUCUCCAGCGAGCUACUCCGCUCCGUCGAAGAUACUUGGAAGCAGGUUUACCAACUGCUAGUCACCGCCUGCCAUGAUGUCCCAGACAACGUCCUGAUGCGGUCGUGCGACGAAUCCGCCCUUCGUGUGGAGGGCUUCGCCGAUCCUGUCGCUUGGGCGGAAGCGUUGCGGAAGGCGGUGUUCCAGCAGACAGGAUGCACCUGCAGUGUGGGUCUGGGACCUACACAGCUGGUGGCCAAGUUGGCGACGAAGGCCUGCAAGCCCAAUGGUGUCCGAAGGGUCUUGGAGGAUGAGGUCAAGAAGUUUGUCGGAGAACUGCCACUGAAGGACAUGCCGCAGGUUGGCCGUGCCAUGACAGCCAAGUUGCAGGAACGUGGCCUGGAAACUUGUAGCGAUCUGCAGGCGCUGGAGAAGAAGCGGCUUAGGGAGUGGUUCGGUGUGAAAGGCGAGACUUUGUGGCUCAACGCCCAGGGCUUGGACCAGGAGACCAGCUUGGUACCAACCCAGCGGAAGUCCGUGAGUGCUGAAAUGAAUUGGGGCAUCCGGUGCCAAGACCGACCUGCAGCGGUGAAGAUCUUGUCUGAGGUGGCUAAGCAGCUUUGCGACCGUUUGUCCAUUUGCAACUUGCGAGCGAAUCAUCUCACUCUGAAGCUGAAGAUUGCCGUCCCUGGGUGGGUUGAGCCCAUUAAGAAGGGAGGCCACGGGCAGUGUGACGACGUGAGCCGCUCCUCCAGCCUGCCAUUGACCAGCGACCUCCAAAUGUUGCAGAGGUUUGCCCUGCAGCUGUUCGACAGCUUGUCUCCAGACCCAGUACGGCUGAGAGGAAUGGGGCUUGCGGCCCGCUUAGGUUCAGGUGAGACACCCUCGGCGUCAUCCAGGAGCCCAAAGAAGGCUCACAGCGAAGCAAGCGGCAUUGCCAGGUGGCUGCGAAGGCCUGAGAGCAAGCAGGCCAUCGACGUGGACGACGUGGACCUCGACUCCACACGACCCACCGUGACAUGCCCGGUUUGCAUGCAAGUCCUCGAUCCGGCCAGUGCUGAUGCACAUGUGAAUCGCCACUUCGAGGAACCCGCCGAGGUACCCGGUGGCGCUGAGCCUCCUGCCAAGCGGCCUCGCCUGAAGGCGGAAGGAAUUGUAGAUGGCCAUGGUUUGAUGGCUUUGCAAAAUGAAAGUCACAGUGCCUUCCUGAACAUGAAUGAGACCCACGACCUGCUCCUUUGGACCUGGGAUCGCUUCUGUUCUCCUGAGACGGUGAUCUAUUCCGUCUUCAUCAACCGACCCUUUUCCUGGAACUUCUUCGUGAAGCUUCAUGACUCGGAGUUGUUUGAGGUCCAACAGUUAGAUGAGGAGAAGGACUUUGAUCCCUGUGGCCUUGAGGAGGUGGCCCCGCUCGAGUCUGAGCAUUCAGGUGAAAUUCAGAAGCACGCAGAGACUCUUGACCCUUGGCAAGCAUCAUCUCAAGCUCCUAAGACAGAUGUGGCCAGCAAUAGUGGUAGCCGGACCAGCGAUGACUUGGUUUCAGCGGUGAGCUCUGUCUCGAAGCAGGCCGAGCUAGACAACGCACCACCCCGUUUGCUGCGACCGCCGCCUCCCUUGAGAGAUUCGCCCUUCCCAGCGCCCAUCUUCUGCGGCCCGGACGCGGAGGCCGCCGGUCUCAGUGAGGCGCAGGAUGAUGCCUCGAAGUCUUUGAGCUUGGGCCCUCCAAGCCUAAAGACUUUGCCACCUGCGCCACGUCAGCCUGUGGAGGUUUCGACCAGUUCUCAGCUUGCCUCUGAAAGGGCCGAGACACAGAUCAAGGUAUCAGAGGCACUUUCUGCGCAAAGUGGUGCUCCUCGGAUCGCUAUCUCAAAGGAAAGCGACCACGUUGUUGAGGAAAAGCCGGAGACAAUUGCCGAACGUGUUGCUUCAAAGGAAGCAACCAACACUCUGGAGGCACUUUCUGCGCAAAGUGGUGCUCCUCGGAUUGCUAUCUCAAAGGAAAGCGACCAGGUUGUUGAGGAAAAGCCGGAGACAAUUGCCGAACGUGUUGCUUCAAAGGAAGCAACCAACACUCUGGAGGCACUUUCUGCGCAAAGUGGUGCUCCUCGGAUUGCUAUCUCAAAGGAAAGCGACCAGGUUGUUGAGGAAAAGCCGGAGACAAUUGCCGAACGUGUUGCUUCAAAGGAAGCAACCAACACUCUGGAGGUCCGAAGCCCGAAGAAGCUGCUUGGCCAGGAAUUCCCUGUGGCCGCUCCAAUGCUGGCGGUCGAAGCCGAAGAAGCCGAUGACACCGUACUGCAGGAAUUUCCCGGCAGCGCCCCAGAAAUUCAUGGGCUGGAGGCUCGCCAGUUUGACGUGGCAAGGCUGAGCGCCGAGGCCGAUGAAGUCCCAACGCCGCCGCGGGGGCCGAGCGCGCCUGCUUCCUCAGCCUUCUUCGACGCUGCGUCCAACCUGGAGGCUGCAUCGCUGCACUCCGCGAAGUCUGCUGAUUCUGAUGUAACGGUUCGGGAUGGUGAUUUGUCGCCAGCACAGCCGCAAACCGCCGCGCUCCCCAGCGGCCCCAGUGGCCCGAGUGGUCCAAGCAACUCGCUUCGACUGCCGAUCCCCGAUGGUCGACCAGCUGAAGGCCGCCGUCCACGGCGACAGCGUGUGUCGACCAUCCCGGCCACGGCCCGCGCUUCGGAGCGCUCCAGUGAAGAGGAGGUGCUGCGAGUCUAUCGGCAGAUCAACGACCGGCAACGGUCCAUGGUCAGCCUUGAGGACCUACGCGCCUACGUGGGCGACUUCUUGGGCUUCGGGCAAAAAGAAGUGGAGACCUUCUUCGAAGAGUUCGCGGAACACAGCGACGGGCAGACCGGUCUGACACCUGAGGGUUUGCGCGCGGGCUUUGGGCGGCUGAAUCCGUUUCAGAUCAUGAACCGUCAAGAAGAAGUCAUCCUUCGAAAGCCUGGAUCGCUUUGUGGGCAGCAACUGACCUUGGAGACCUUGGAUCACUGUGAAGUCUAUGUGUGCGACACGAGCGCCCAAGUCUUCAUCGACUACUGUAAGAACUGUCUCAUCCUGCUGGGCCCUUGCGAAUCCUCCGCUUUUGUCCGGGACUGCGAGGACUGUACGAUCUGGUGUGCGGCGCAGCAGCUGAGGACUCGGGCCUGUAGACGCUGCCGCUUUUUCAUCUACAGCAAAACAGCUCCCAUCAUCGAGGAAUCUCAUGACUUGACAAUUGGCCCUUGGUGCACCAAAUAUCCCUGCUCCGGUGCUCACUUUGAUCAAAUGCGCUUCGAUACCAGUCGCAACUUGUGGAAUGCUGUAUUUGAUUUCAGUGGUGAAAAGGACCGGCCACAUUGGAGAAUACCCUCCUUAGAAGAGGUGGAGGAACUUCACAUCACUCUUGAUGGUGAAGGCCCACCGGAAAAUUUGCUUCCAGCCGUCACUCAUGAGAUGCUGAUUGCAGCUCCACUGGAAUCAGAAGAGCCCUGUGGACAAGGCCUGUCAAUUCCCCAACCACGGCCACCGCUGCCUUCAAGAACAGAGGGUCCAAGGCGGAAGGACCUCAUGGACAAGCCUGUGAAAAGUAUGCCUGCAAUCGCAGCAAAUGGCUUUGAAGCAGAGAGAACUUGGACAUGCAGCAGAUGCACCAUGCACAAUACGUUCAGUGCCACAACUUGUGCGGCCUGUGGCUUGCCACCAGCAUCUGAACAUCUUUGGACUUGUUCCAAGUGCACCUUGCAGAACAGUCUGAGUCUGGAGUACUGCGCUGCAUGCGGAAGCAUGAGAGCCCUACGAAGUCCAAUUGCUCCCGCAGCUGGUGGUCUCUAUGGCAGUAGCUACAGCUCCGCACACGGUUUGCCAGAGGAGCCAGAAGAGCCUCCAAAGCGCAAUGGAUUCUGCUCCUUCCUCUCCGAGGUGGUUCGGCCCAUGUGCAUCAAAUCACUAGAGAAGUCUCGAACCUGA